AUGUCGAAGUCAAGGAAGGCACGAUGAAUCCAUAUCCUAGACGCUCAGAUGUAAAUCUGACCCAACAACCAAAAUACACUCCACCAAGUCAUCGGACAGAUAUGGGAGACUCACCUCGCGCCAGUCGCCAUCAUCGUAAACGCCGUUCACCGAGACACAAGUCGUGGUAUCAAGAGGGCGUGCCCAUCAGUGUACACAUUGGCAACCGACGUUCGCCUAACUACCACAGUUCAAUCCAAGUCACCAGCGCAGAUGGCAAUAGAUUUGCCGCUCUGGUUCGGGAGACUUUAUCAAUGAAUCCACAAGAUCCAUUGCUGAUGCAAGUUGAGACGCCAUCCAAAGGAAAUCCUAGACUGACUGUGUUUCGCUUCAGAACAUUCAAUGGAUUUCAGCCCUGGCUCGAGCAGGUCAUCGCGACCUGUAUUGAUGAUCGUUACGAUGAUCUCACCGAUCUCAACAGAGCGCUACAGUUCGACGACACCGUCAAGUUCCCUGAGAGAAGUAACAAGCGGUCCACCCAGAUACCGUGGUCCUUCCUGGUCGACCAAAUGAAUGUGCCAGAUGUUUACUGGUGGACUUUCGGCAAGGAUCCUCCAGAAGGCCGCAAAUCACAAGGCAUUGACGAGAUCGACGAAUAUCGCUUCCGUAUUGCUGCCUGGUGCUGUGGACGCCGUGCCUGCCGAUUCGACCGAGAAGUCCCUGUCACUCUUGUGUUCACUCAAUCCAAGAUACCGGCAGAGAACAUCAUGCACGAACUCUUCUUUCCAUACUUUUACGAGGACGAAGAGUACGACAUGCCACGUAGAGAUGAGGAGACCGUUUGCUGGACCUUUCUGAGACUGUACUGGCUCCUGACCGACUGGCAGAACAUUAUUCGAGAGAUUGAGAGGGAGCUGGAGGAAGCCCUCAACAGUCGUGGCCGCAAAUACCCUGUCAAAUUGCGUACAAGACAGAUGCAUAAGCAAAUUGACAGAGUGUACGAACUGAGUGAAUACAUGCGCUUCCACUCAAGAUCGUUCAAAAAGCUGCUCAAGCUCAGAGAUACUAUGCACAAGUCUCCGGAUGAUGGCAAGGACCCAGUGUGGGAUGAAAUGGACGACGCCGUCGAAGACUUGGAUCAGUACUAUUACUAUAUGGAUACUCUCAAAGAGCGCUUCCUCAAUCUGGUUGAACUCGUUAGUAGAUUUCGCGCCACGGUUCAGAGACAAAGGCUUACAUGGUUUGCANNGGAGUUCAACAUCGAGAAUGCUAACCAGUCCGAUUACUCGCGCUUCUUGUCCAUCGUUGCGGCGCUAUAUCUUCCAAUCUCAUACCUUACUAGCGUGUUUGGUAUCAGUACUAUGAAAGCACCAGCGAUCCUGUGUCUGUACAUUUCGAUCCCGCUAUUGAUCAUCAGUCUCCUCUUCACCAUCUUCUUUCCAUGGGGCAUUCGACGCUUCCAGAAGUUGUGGUAUCCAUUUGACAAGAACUAUGUCAGACUACCCAAGAGCAGUUUCACCAUGUUGAGUGAAGAACUGCCUGCCGUAAGCAAUUCCCUCGCAGAUGCGCCUCGAGUCAUUGCCAUUCGGGAUCCAAGUCUACCUCGUCAGCAUGCAGCUCGCAAGGACCAUCACAAGCGUAACAAAAGCAAGCCUCGUUCCAGGUCGAGAAUCAGGUCCUUGAGUGCUCGGGGAAGGCGACGUCUUGAUGUUGAUGACAAGGUG